GGAUAAAAAGAGCCGCCGAUUAGUUCCUCCGGCCCCGAUCGGCUGGCCGGUUCAAAUCGCCUAUGACACUGGCUCUCGAUCUAUAUUAAAUUGGCGACAGGCGACGGGGUUCUUGCCAGCUUAAAAUUAAGUGAAAGGCCAGGAUUAAAAUGGAAGAUUGUGACUUGGAAUUGGAUGAUGGGACGAGUGACCGUGGCGGAAAUGUUUCUCGUUUAGAUCUUACUUCCGGAUUCAUGAAACAUAUCAUUCGCAACCAGCAAAAGAGGGAUGACUACGACAAGGAGGUGAAAGUAAUGCAAGAGCAGCAGAAAACAAUCGCAAAGGAAAACAAGAGCCAUGCAAAGAAACCAGGACAAGCCAUUUAUGUUCCUCCUGUAAAAGGAAACAAAGGAAGUGGACAUACUGAUGAAAGUGAUAAAACCAUCUUCAGGCUUCAGUAUGAGGACCCAGACAGAGAAAUUUCAGAAUGGCUAGUACACAAGGGCGAUGAUCCCCAUGGCAUAGCAGUUCGUUUUGGGAGGCAAUGCAGGCUCAAUGGUCUUUACAUCAAGGCUUUAGGAUCAUUCAUCGAGGAGGAAAUGGAGAAGAGAGGAUUUCUGACGUGAAGCAGCAUCAGGUCGGGUCAAAGUUGAGGUCAGAUGAGGUCAAAUGCCAGAUGAGGUCGCCUGUCAAGGUGACGGCACAACAGUGAGGUCUGCAACGUGAAGGUUGAUUGAUGAAAGGAAACAAUCAAACUGGUAUAUGUUUUCAAUCUGUGUGUAUUCCUUGUAUGUCCUUGUUGAAUUUUCAUAUGAAAGGGUAUAUUUUGGUAUUAUUUCUUACGCCAUGUUGAUGUAAGACAAAAAAAGAUGAUUGAGAUAAGCUCAUGCUUAUUGAUGUGAAGAUGGUUUGAGAGGAAUAAUGGCACCAAAAGGCCCAUUUUUAUUUCAAAAUUCAGAAAAAACUGCAUUUGAUGAAAGCACAUUGGAAAGUCAUGAAGUCAGAAAUAAAUGUAAUUCAAAUUACUAUAUUGGUUUAUGAGGAAAAGAAGAUUUGUAUAGACAUGAAGAUGCAUGUAUGUCAUCAUUAAGAUAAAAAAUCAGCAUUGUGUUUUAGUUAAAGAAAUAUGAGAAACCUGUAUGAGGGAAAAUGGCACCCAUGUAAACGUUUUUUUUUUUAAUUCUGAAAAAUGAAAAUGAAAACAGCAUGUGAUAAAAGCACAUUGAUACUUCAUGAAAAAACAAUGUUUUCAAAAUGACCAUUUUGCUCCAAGAAACAAACAUGUGGAGAAUUGGUAAAAGACAUGAAGAAAAAAGAUAUGUUUUGAAAUUAGCCUUUCAUUAAAUUAACUAAAAGUUGAAAUGAGUAAGUAAUAAUUUCCUUUUAAGGAAAGUUAUUAGAAACUAGCGCUAGCUAGCAGUCUUUAAUGAUUGUUCAUCCUAUGAUACAUAGAAAAAAAAUAGCUUCUUAUGAAUAUGAAGUAGUCUAAGUGUUCAAGCUAUGGAGAUAUGAUAGAGUACAUAGAAUAUGAUAGGGCAUGAAAACAUGCAGGCUUCUUUUAUUGAUCUUUUUUUAAUUUUUAUUUAUGUACAUUAUUUAUUGCAUAGAGUAAUAUAUACAUAAAGCGGAAGUUCAAUUUUCAUUUCUUUUUAAUGUGAAAUAAGAUUGCUGCAUAGAUGUAGAGUAUUGAAAUCAGAAUGGUACAGUAUAUGUUUGAGUCUUUUUUAUUUUAUAGAACUUUUCAUUGAAAUAGAACAGUGACAAUCAUGUUAUGAUGAUGACACUAAAGCUCUUUUAUGAAAAAAAAAUCAUGAAAAGUGAAAAUUGUAUUUUAUAUUUCAGAAUGAUCAUGCCUUUGAUUAUGUCACUCUUGUUUUGCUAAAAUAUUUAUGUUGCAUGAUUUGUAAAGAAAAUAUUAGAUUAUUAUACAAAUGACGACAUAGAUAAUGUCUUUUUAUUUUCCGAUUUCUUUAAUAAUAGAACGAGUUCAAUGUGAAUUUCGAUAACCUGCGGCCGUUUCAUGAAGCUAUUUGAAAGUUCUGCACGACUGGUAACUUGUUCUUGGGUGCUAAUUGGAUUUUUUUUAAAUAAAUUUUGCUCCAAUUAGCUCAGCUGAAUUUUUUUACAGCUACAUGUAGUUCAGAACUGUCACAUACUUGUAAUUUGGGGUCUCUCUUCAUGAAAUGCAAAUUCAUAUAAAGAUCUCAGGAAAUGAUUAUAAAAAGUUACAUCAAGACAUCGGAUGACUUGAAGUCAUCUUUUGUGAAGUGCCCGCUACAAACCACAAUGCCGGCAUAUUUCCGGGCAUCGUUGGCAUUAAACUUACUUUUCCUCCCAACAAACGAAAUCCAACGCUUCUGGGUUGCAAAAAAAAUUUCCCCCCGUGUUGGGCAUUUUUGGCAGGCAUUUUGUACGUCCACAGCCCAUGAUGGCUUUCAUCGCUGCAUCCACCAACAAUGCAUCUUCCCGAAGUCUUCAGAAGGCUCCGUACAUUGAUUCCUCCUCCAUCAUGAGAGAUUAUAAUCAAAAGAAUAACAAAAGUAAAGAAAAAAAGAAUACACUCAUUAUCUCAAUUAGUUGUAGAGGUUAUUUGACUUUAUCCCAAUUACCCCAAGCCAGGCAGGAAAGAUCGCAGGUUUGAUUUGACACGGAGCGCCUGCUGGUGCAGUACGAGCCGAGAAUUAGGCGAGAGCGCAACUAAAAAAACAUUUUCAAAAGUGUUGUAUCAGGCUAAAGUGCGAAAAUAAAUCUGAAUGGCUAGAUUAAAUGUGAUGAAUUAAAAAAUGUCCUCCCGAAAACAAAAACAAAAAGAAGGCAAACAACAAAUUUCAGCUGCAAAACAGAGUCAGUAACUUAGACUAAAACACUCAAUACCACACAAAAAUCAUGUAUGUACAUGCGUAGGAUUGUGGGAUAUGUUUAGGAUGUCGUCUAAGGAUUUACGUCAUUUCCGCUCUACGUAAGUACAGUAAUGUUUUCAAUUUCUGAACGUGGACGAUUUUUAUGGCAAGUCAAAAAUUUUCUUUUAAGGGGGGUUGGAGGUGGUAACAUGGUGUAAAUGAAAUUGCAUGACAUUUUGGAAAUAUUCAAGAUUCAUAAAAUGUGAAAUUCACACGAAUUCGCAAUUUCAGUAAUUGUUCAUUUCAUAGAUCCUUUAACACUGAAAAUUUGAUCAAAAUCGGAUGCAAAUUAUAAGAAAGUUAUGAUAUUUUGAAGUUUUGCUUCAUUUCACAAAACAGUCAUAUGCACUUCCUGGUCGGUAUGCGAAUGAGGCGACUGAUGACAUCAUCCACUCACUAUUUAUUUUAUUGUUUUUCAUUAUAUAAGAUAUCUUAAUUUUCUCCUCAUUACUAUGUGAAACAAAGUUUUAUUCCUCCCUGAACAUGUGGAAUUAACAUUGUUUCAAAAUUUUUGGACAU